AUGGUAAAUUCGGAUUUAUGUGCUUUAUGCGGGGAAGGGAUUGAGUCGGUAGAUCACUUGUUUACGGCUUGCAACAUAUCGAUGUCGGUUUGGAAUAGGUUGAGUGGAUGGAUUAAGAUUCCUCCUAUUUUUGCCUUUUCCUUCAAGGAUCUUUUAGAAGUUCACAAAUGGUUUGACGGGAACAAAAGCGCUAAGAAGAUAGUUCGCGGCCUUAUUAUGGUGACAUGUUGGGCCAUUUGGAAAGCUAGAAAUGACAAGUUUUUCUCAAAGGGGAGGGGCGAUAGCAAUGUCAUUUUUGGGGAUGUUAGAUCUAUGGGUUUUUUAUGGUUAAAAUGUAGAUCCAAAAAUAAUAACAUUGGUUGGAGAGAUUGGUGUAGCUUUCCUUUGUAUAUGAUGUAA